UACGCGCGGGGUGCUAAAGACUGCCGUUGUAAACGUUACCUUCUCUCCCUCCUGUAAAACUCCAAUGGCCUGGACUUGCAAUCUUCACCUCUCUCACAAAAUCCCAUUCUCACUCGCUUCUUCGCGCUUCAUCUCCGAAGCUUCUCACGCUUUUUCCAAGUCUUUUACGACACCGUUUCCAUCGCGUUCUAGUACCACUCACACUUCGAUAAAAUCAAAUUCCCCCACUCUUUCAGUAUCUGCCACUGGCACCUUCACCUGGGACGACGUCGUCCGGAUUUCUCAACCGGAAAUCCUUCCAGACGAUUCUUCGGAUCUCACAGGCUUCUUCGAGAAGAUCAGAAUCUGCAAUCGCGGAUCAGAAAAGCAAUCCGAGUUCCUUCCGUUCGCAAUCGACGAUCAAGUCGUUGGUUAUAUUCAUAAUGGUUUCGCUAGCCAUUUAAGGAAGUUCCAAGAUGUGUUUGUUUUCCCUCAAGACAGUUCUUGCGGUGGCCAUGUGAGCUUACACCCAAUGCUGAGCACACCAGAGGAAAGGACCAGUGCGGUUGGAGAUGUGGUCAAAUGCUUAGGAGAAGAACUGAUUCCAGGUAUACGGAACGAGCUAUACCCCGUGGCAUCGUCCUUUGGUGCGCCCAUAUUUUUUUCGCUUGAACGUGCUGCUGCUCCUUACUUUGGAAUAAAGGCUUAUGGAGUUCAAAUGAAUGGCUAUGUUGAGAGGGAUGGGCAGAAACUUUUAUGGACUGGGAAGAGAAGUCAAGAGAAAGCAACUUAUCCUGGGAUGCUUGAUCAUCUUGUUGCUGGAGGACUGCCUCAUGGGAUUGCUUGUGGGGAGAAUCUUGUGAAGGAAUGUGAAGAGGAAGCGGGAAUUCCCAGAUCCAUUGCUAAUGAAGCUAUACCAGUGGGUGCUGUUUCCUAUAUGGACAUUGAUGGUUACAGAUAUAAGAGAGAUGUUCUAUUUUGUUAUGACUUAAAGCUUCCUGAAAGUUUUAUUCCUGAGAAUCAAGAUGGAGAGGUGGAUAGCUUCAAGUUGAUUCCUGUGACUCAUGCAGCAAAUGUCAUACGGAGAACACAAUUCUUCAAGCCAAAUUGCUCUCUUGUCUUUAUUGAUUUCUUGUUUCGGCACGGCCAUUGUGAUUUUCUGCCUCCAACCAUAUACUAGUUCUGGUAACGGAGGGGUUACUUGUUGCCAUCUUGCCAAUUUCCACCAUUAACAAAUUAUUGAAGUGAAUUUUUCGUCCUGGUUUUCACAACUAAGCUCACCUCCUAAUUGAUUUGUUCCUGCAUUUUUAUUAGGUACAGCUACCUUGAAAAUUGUGGGGUGUUUUUAAGGUUCCUAUAUAAAACAAACUAAUCUGACCCACUUUGGGAACUAUUUGCCUGAGGAAGUCACUCUCUCCCCCUGCCCCCAACCCCCCCCAAAAAAAAGAAGAAGAAAAACCUACAAGCUUAAGGUCUAUUACUAGAAUUCUUUUUUCUUUUUUUUUUUGAAAGGAUUACUAGAAUUAGUCAUUACAUCAUUCUGAAUUUCUGGUCUAAUUUCUCCCUGGAAAUUCUCAUGCUUAUUCCGCUGGAUGGAGGGCUAUAGAUUUAUGCUUCAUAUUGAAUCUUAUUAAAACUUGCUUAUUUGCCCUUAAUUAUCUCAUAUAUGAAGUUCGCUUAGGGGAGUGUGAACUUUAACAUAUCGUUUCUUUUCAAAUCCGUAGAACCUAGGGAAAGUAUGACUAAGGUUGCAAGUGCAUCCCCAGUGGCCUCUUGUUAUAAGUGCAAAGGCAGAAAAGAAAAAGACAGCCCCAGUGGCAUCACUACCCAUCAUUUAAUUUAUGGCACUAAGUUGAUAAAUCUCUUCUGAUUUUUCCCCUCGUUUCAUCAAUCUGUAGGUGUCUAAACUAGCCUUCCAGUAAUCAGACCUACGACAGUUUCUUUUUGCAUUACGUUUUUUUUGAGAAACACAUCUAUAGCAUAAUUAUCACCAUAGAAUUCUGAUUAUUAUCUUCAAACU